GAUACUAAUAGAAAAGUUAGAUUUGAUUGCAUCAUUCAGUCGGAAUCGGUCGUUCCGAUCAACAGUCUACGAGUGUCGUUGAAGUCGAUGGAAACAAAAUGGAAGAAUAUUUGGGAAAAAGCUACGUGAUGGUCAGCGAGGAGAACUUUGAGGCCUACCUCGAGUACAAAGGCUUGAAUUACUUCAAGCGCAAGAUAGCCGUGAACGUGCGGCCGACGCAGACGCUGCGGCGCAACGAGAGCGGGACUUACACGUUCACUGUGCACGCGGCCUUAUUCCACUGGGAGGUGGAGUUCACACCCGGCGUGGAAUACGAAGCUGACUCGCCUGGCGGUGAAAAGGUCACCGGAAUGAUAACAUUUGAAGGGAACGUGAUGAAUCACGUACAGAGAGACAAGGGUGGCGUGUCGACACACAAACUAGUGUUUGGUCCAGAGGAGACGCUCGUGACGACAACCAUGGAGGGAUUGGACACUGUAGUGAAACGGGUUUACAAACUAGUCGAGUAGUCAUAUUAUUAAUAGUUAAUUGUACUUCUUGAUUUAAAAGACUGGCCAUUAAAAUAUUGUUGUAAGAUGUAAAUA